AUGUCUUCCUCAAUUCCUGGUACCCGCGAUCUCCCCGUCUCCCGCUACGACCUCAGCACAUACUGGGGCCGUGUCCUCCACUCCGCAGACCUCUGCGACCCACGCACCCUCUUCACCAGCUCCACGACACUAGAAGCCUCCAAAAUGCUUCUCAUGCAAUACAAGACGGGCACACCUGUCUUUCUCCCCUUCCGCAUGAGUUGCUUCGUGUUCAGCAAUCUCAUUGUCACCGCUGGCAUGCUGCAGCCAAACCUCACCACGCGCGGAACUUUGGCGUGGCAGGUCGCGAAUCAGACGCUCAAUGUGCUCAUUAAUACGUCGAACGCGAACAAGUCUUCGCCGCUGGGCCCUGCCCAGCUCGCAGGAAGCUUCGCGCUCGCGGUGUCGGCGAGUUGCGGUGUGGCCGUGGGUCUAGGAAGGGCCGUUGCGAAGCUGAAGGUGGGCUCGGGGACAAAGGCCCUUUUGACCAGGCUGGUGCCGUUUGCGGCGGUUGCGUCGGCCGGUGUGCUGAAUGUUGCGCUAAUGCGCGGCGGGGAGAUCCAGAAUGGGAUCGAUGUGUAUCCGGCCAAGGCGCCGGCCAAGGCGAAGACGGGGACUGCGGAGCUGGUCGAGGAGGAGGCGCCGAAGGAGAGUUUAGGGAAGAGUCGGAAGGCGGCGGUGAUCGCCGUGGCAGAGACGGCGGUCAGUAGGGUGUUGAAUGCGACGCCGAUUAUGGUGGUGCCGCCGUUGGUGCUCAUGAGGUUACAGAGGAGUGCGUGGUUGAAGAAAAGGCCGGCGUUGGUUACGCCGGUUAAUAUUGGUCUCAUCUUCGCAACUUCGAUUUUUGCGCUCCCGCUUGCGCUGGGCGCAUUCCCGCAGCGCCAGGCGGCGAAAGCUACAAGCCUUGAGAAGGAGUUCUGGGACAAAGGUGGCGAGAGCGGUAUGCUCGAGUUUAAUAGGGGGAUCUAG